AACCGUCAACAUAUAUCUCUCACACAGCGCGCGCACACACACUUCAUUUUGUCAACAAAGUUUAUCUUCUCCUCUCUCUACCGCGUUUUUCCAUUUUCUAAUCUCUUUACUUUCCAAACCCUCUGUUUUUGGUCUCCCGUCCUAAACUCUUCCACUCCUUUCUUCAUCUUGACUUGUAUAUCACCUCCACAUCAAUCUCUCUCUCUAUAUAUAUGUAUAUGUAUAUGUAUAUGUAUAUGUAUAUGUAUACAUCAACAAAAUUGAAAGAAGCUGAAGGUAGAUCGUAGUCGGAACUUGAAUUUUGGCGAUUCAAUGCGGAAAAAGCUUCACAAUCAACAUUAAUGCUAGUAAGACAAGUUCCAAUUCAUCCCAAGAAUGAAAAAAGCAAUCCUAUCAGUAGUCCCAACACUAUCUAUUCUGCUGUUGCUGCUAGAUUCAUCGUUGGGAGAUCCAAGAACCCAUAUGGUUCAAAUCAAAUGUGGGAACCAACUUGAGCACAAUUCCACAGCCUAUGUCCCAGCCUUUGUUGCUACAAUGGAGAACAUCAGUGAACAGAUGCGAAUUUCUGGAUUCGGAACAGCUGCUAAAGGCUCUGGACCGGACACUAACUAUGGACUCGCCCAAUGUUAUGGGGAUCUCUCUUUACUCGACUGUGUACUGUGCUAUGCCGAGGCACGUACUGUCCUCCCUCAAUGCUUCCCAUUCACUGGGGGACGCAUUUUUCUUGACGGUUGCUUCAUGCGAGCAGAGAAUUACAGCUUCUUCCAGGAAUAUGCCGGACCUGAAGACAAUGCCUUGUGUGGGAAUACAACACAGAAGAAUUCUACAUUUCAAGAAACUACGAGGAGGGCUGUAUCGCAAGCUGUUUCAGAUGCAUUAAACAAUAAUGGCUAUGCACGGGCUCAGGUGGCAGUGUCGGGGACAGCAAACGAGUCAGCCUAUGUCCUGGCUGAUUGCUGGAGGUCAUUGAAUUCGAGUUCUUGCAAGGCAUGUCUAGAGAAUGCAUCUGCCUCGGUAUUGGGAUGUUUGCCAUGGUCCGAGGGGCGGGCAUUGAACACCGGAUGCUUCAUGAGAUAUUCUGAUACGAAUUUCCUGAAUCCUGAACCGGGGGGAAAUGGACUAUCAAGAGGGACCAUAAUAGUGAUAGUAGUUGCAGUUGUCAGUUCUGUGGUUGUUUUGGUUGUUGGGACAGUGAUUGGAGUUUAUAUCUGGAAGCACAGAAAAAUACAGAAGAAGAGAAGAGGUUCAAAUGAUGCCGAUAAAUUGGUGAAGACCCUUCAUGACAGUAGCUUGAACUUCAAAUACUCUACGCUUGAGAAAGCCACUGGAUCUUUUGACGAAGCCAAUAAGCUCGGGCAAGGAGGAUUUGGAACAGUGUAUAAGGGUGUUCUGCCUGAUGGAAGAGAGAUUGCUGUCAAGAGGCUUUUCUUUAAUAACAAACACAGAGCAGCGGAUUUCUACAAUGAGGUUAACAUUAUUAGCAGUGUGGAACACAAAAAUCUUGUCCGGUUAUUGGGAUGCAGUUGUUCGGGACCUGAAAGCCUUCUUGUAUAUGAAUUCAUGCCAAACAAGAGUCUUGAUCGCUUCAUCUUCGAUUCAAUUAGAGGUAAAGCACUGAACUGGGAGAGGAGAUUUGAUAUAAUCAUCGGAACAGCAGAAGGGUUGGUCUACCUUCACGAAAACUCCAAAAACCGAAUCAUUCACAGAGAUAUAAAAGCAAGUAACAUCUUGUUGGAUUCAAGGCUUCGUGCUAGAAUCGCUGAUUUUGGGCUGGCCAGGUCUUUCCAAGAAGACAAGAGUCACAUCAGCACAGCUAUAGCAGGAACACUAGGAUAUAUGGCUCCGGAGUACCUAGCACAUGGCCAGUUAACAGAAAAGGCAGAUGUGUACAGCUUUGGUGUGCUUUUACUAGAGAUUGUUACAGGAAGGCAAAACAACAGGAGCAAAGCCACGGAGUACUCAGAAAGCCUAGUCACAAUUGCCUGGAGACAUUUCCAACAAGGGACGGUGCAGGAACUUUUUGACCCUAAUAUAAUGCUGCAUAAUUAUCAUAACAGCAGCGUCAAAAAUGAGGUUUUGAGAGUGGUGCAUAUAGGACUUCUGUGCACUCAAGAAGCUCCAUCACUACGGCCCUCAAUGUCUAAGGCGCUAGUGAUGCUGGCAAAGAAGGAUGAACAGCUUCCCGCGCCCACUGUUCCCCCUUUCACAGACGAAAAGACCAUGGAACUUAAUGACAUGACUCAGAACCCGUGUUAUCCCCUCAAUGCUGCCAAUUCUGCUUCCAUUGCCAGUGUCUCCCAUAGUUCCUUCUACCCCAGGUGACACCCUAGAGGACCGACAAUGGAAGAUUCACAGAAAAGUUCUCACACUUCAUCGGCAUUCAAGGGAAAAAAGCUCUCAAGUAUCUGAGUUUGAUCGUGCCCUUGCUCGACUCACAUGUACACAGUAAUCAGCAGAGGGCAUGGUAUACAGUCUCUUUUAACAGUAUAAAGAAUGUGGAUUGGACUUGGUUACAAAAAUAGAGUUGUGUAAAGUUUCAGGGCAACAAAGACUCACCCUUUCCAAGUAUUCUGGUGAACCAGAAUUUAGAGAAGGUACCAACCCUGUAUACUUAAUAUUGUGAUUCAUUGAUCACAAGUUUUGCUCUUACCCUUUUAAUAUUAAGUUUGUCCAAUAUAUUUUCUUUUUUUCUUUUUCUUA